AUGGGCGAUUCGGGCUAUGAACUGACUUUGGACACAGAUAAAUUACCGAAAGACAGCACUGGAGGGACCUCUUCAUUGGAAAUCUCGGACAUUGUUAAACUCUUCACGGGAGUAAUACAGUCUCAAUUCAAAACUUUCUCGGGACAGUUAAAAGCGGAACAGUCCGAGUCUAUCUCGAAGAAACUCAAGGAGAAUUCUCUACACAAGAUAAAGUCUGAAGGCAACCGAAUUCAGUUUGAAUUUAAUGCCGAAUUAUUAGAGGCUGACUCAUCUCCCGCGGGCUGGAAAACUGUCAACGAAUACCAGUGUAAUGAAAUUGCAGACAACUCCAAUGAUGAAAAGAAGAUACGCAGUGCCGAAAACAGGGCCCUCAGACAUCAGAAGCAGAACAAGAGAUUUCAGCCUUACGGGACACAGAAAACUCCACCAGCGGCAGCUGCGGGAUCUCCAGCUCAGCUGUCUCUUCCUGGGGUUACUAAUACUUUUCAGCCCUUUCCUGCCUUUCAACAGCAGCAACAACAGCCAUUUCUCUACGGCCAAGGCAGAAACAAGCAGUCAAGGAGACAGCCUAUGCCCUACGACGUUUGCUUCGGUUGUUUCGGAACAGGGCACUGGAAAUCCAACUGCCCAAAGGGAAAGACCACUCAAAGUCAAUGA